AUGUCUAAUAAAGGCAAAUCGCAAGAUGAGGCUCUUAAUAACGAAUCAACAAAUUCAUUCUAUCAUGAAGAGAAUUCUGUGAAAUUGGAUGGAAGUGCUCACGAUCUUUUACAAUUCCGAGAUUGUUGUGAAUCAUUACGCGAGUUCAUAAAAAAUACAUGGCAGCGCAAAAAAUCACAGGAGAAGAUUAAUGCUUCGCAGUUUGCCUUUCUGAUGAUAUCUAUUAAGGAGUUAAACAGAAGAACUCAGUUUAGGAUUCGAAAAUCUCGAGAAAUAACUGCAGAGAAUAAGAAUAAAGUGGAUCAGUUACACUUAGGUUUGCAAAAUCUUUUAUAUGAAGUCGCACACCUUGAAAAUGAAAUUCAAACAUGUUUAGAAUUUAGGUCUCGACAUGAAGAUAUAAAAUUAAUUCCGGUAGAAGAGUUCUAUGAGAAAACUGGGCGCAGAAUCGGAAGCUUAUCAGAACAUCAGGAGACUUUGGAGCGUCUUCAUUGGGAGCUCGAACAACGAAAGGCUUUAUCUGACUCUUGUGAUAAGCUAAAAAGUGCUGUUGAAUGUACUUCACAAACCAUUAAAAAGAAACGGAAUUAUCUAGCUAGUUUUGGUCCAAAGUUAAAGGAUGUUGCUGAAAGCACUUUAAUUGUCCAGGAACUAAUGGACUUACCAUUUACCAACGAGAAUGAACAGUAUAAUUUGGCAUUUCUUCUACCUUCACCACUGUAUAUUCUUUAUUCUCUAUUAAAGUCAUACAUAUCUAUGUCAGGAAAAAAAUCAGAAUUUUCUGUAUCGAUCGAAGGUGAUUCGGAAUUGGCCAAAGCUGUUAAUCAAACAACAGAACAAACGGAAUCCCAGUCUUCACCACAGGAAGCUGAUGAUUCUGAUGUAGAUGAUGGAGAGGGGAAUAAAAAACGAAAAAAGAAACGUUAUGCAGCAGAAUGCAUCGAUGAUAGAGAUAAAGAGUUUACCAAUGAAAAGACUAUUAAAUUCCAUCCAUUAACUGUUUUGUUAACGGUUUCUGUCCCUAAAAAUUCAGAUAUACCACUGAGUGAACGUGGUUUUAGUAUCAAAUUAUCAUUUGCUUGGAUGUUAGAUUUACAUCUGGUAACGGUGAGAUUACAAUUUUCAGCAAAUAAAACUGCUUCACUUCCCCGAUCAAAAACUGGAAAUAGCUUGCUUAAUUCUGAACAGCUUUUGUCCAGUUUACAAUGGUCUUGUGACCAACUCGGUUUCGGUGGUUGUAGUUCAGAUAUACCUAUUUUAUUUCUUCCUAAUUCGCAAAAAUCAAUUACAUGGAAUGCAUGCGAAUCCAUAGGACGACCAUAUUCGUGGGCUCAACAACUCUCAGGCAUUAACUGCUUUCCAGAUAGAUUAUCUGAUAUUAAAUUAUGUGAACAAUCAUCAAAAUCUAUUGAAUCAGAACAUUUUGGGGAAAUUGAAUCUUGGUUAAAAUCUCUUCAAUCGCGAAUUAUUGACAGACUAUAUCUUAUUGAAGAGCUUUCAGAAAUUGAACGUUGCAACUUGUCGUUAUCACCGGAGCAACAACAGUUAAUCCCCUCUGAUGUUGAACUCCAUAUUAUUCGGUGGAAGAAUUCUGAUUUUGAAACUUUACAGUCCGUUCCUCGUGCUCAGGUUAUGAUAGCUUUAAAUAUAAUUCGUCCUGAAGACUCAAUAUUCCAGUGUCACUUUGGAAGAGAUGAAAACUAUUUUGUCACUGUAUGGGUCUGUAUCCCACCUCAGUAUCCACAUAAAGCGCCAAUACUAAUUAUGGACGGUCUAAUCAAUUUUGUCAGUCCCAGUGGUACACAUAAUACGGAGGAUGUCACUGACUUAUCUGAUCUGCAUAUACAGGAAUUAGAAACUGAACUCAACUGUUAUUGGCAAGAAUUUUUCACUUCAUCUAUAAAUCAAAAUAAUAGUCAUACGGUUGUAAACUAUGUUGGUAAUACUAAUGAUAUUACUUCUCAUAAUAUUAUAAAUUCCGACAAGUCGUUUUAUAAUGGUAAUCAGUGUGUUGGAUUAAGUAAAUGGAAUCGAAAUAUAUUAUCUUGUCAGUUAGCUAGAUGUGCUGCUUGCAUCGAUGCAUUAUGUCGUGAUCAAAUAAUUUGGAAAAAUUCGUUACAAUCAACAAACAGUUCAUGUGUUCGUUCUGUUAGGUAUCCAACAAGAAGUCGUCCUCUUCGUUACUUACCUUCACCGGGUGCAUUUGUUCAUCGUUAA